UGAGGGUUGUAGACCAAAUGAUGCUGCGCAAUAGCGUAACCUACUAAGACACACCGUGGCAUCCAAGCAACGGUUUAAUUUGUCGGGGACGCGAGAAAACAAGUCGCCUAAUUGGUUUAAUAGCCUAAGCCUACUAUCGAUGUGCCAUAUUUAUUUUGUGAGCAACCGCUCCCACAAAAGGUGAACUGAACAACACGCUUCCUGAGUCCUGAAAGCUCAGCUUUCAUUUGGAGUCUGUUUGGAGAUGAUAAUACACUAGAAAGUGUAUUUUAUUGUAUGAAGUAUAGGUUCCAUUUUUUUCUUAUAACGGAAUAUAGCCUAGGCAUCUUGUGUGAGAUGAAAACAGUUCCAGAGGAGAGCGAAAUACGUUAAUUGGCAAUGGUCACAAUACGAAAAAAGGAUGACGCAUUAUUAUGAGGAUCUUCAUCGUUUGGAAAUCUCUUUUUGAAUGGGACGCUUAAGAGUGGCUCAUAAGAUGUUUGCAACUUCUUCAACAACAAGCUGAGACUCAGCCCUCAAACUGUAGAAUGUGUCCCGUUGUGCCACAACCACUGUGUGUGCCCAUUGACGGGCACUUACAUGGCUUUAGGGUUACCUUGGCAUUCCUCCUGUCCAUGUGUCUGUCCCGUAUGACGUUCACGGCCGCCUGCCCACCACCCUGCCUGUGUGCCAGCGACAUCGUCUCCUGCAGUGGUCGCAAUCUGUCAACCGUUCCCCCUGACCUCCCAGGCUAUGUCACCCGAUUGGACCUCAGCCACAAUGUCCUCUCUGCUCUGCUUUCGAACUGGCCAGACCGGUGUCUGGACAGGCUGACCACGCUGGUCCUCAGUCAAAACGCCAUUACCCAUCUGGCACCGGACGCCUUCGCCCCCACCCCUCAUCUUCGCCAACUGGACCUCUCGUCCAAUGGGCUGUCUCGGCUCAACGCAUCUGCCUUCCAUGGGCUCGGGGAACUUGAAGUGCUGCUUCUGUUUGGAAACCGCAUCAGUCAGACCAUGGCGGGAGCCUUCCAGGGGCUGAGUAGCCUGGAAAGGCUGUAUCUGGGCGGGAACAGACUGGCUGCCUUCCCCCUGGAGCUCUACCAGCGAGAUGGGGCUCUGCCACGUCUGCGUUUCCUGGAUUUGUCGAUGAACAUGGUGAGGCAGGUGCCCGUGCAGAGCCUACUCUCUCUGGCCACCUGGCUGCAGGGUGGCAUCUAUUUGCAGGGGAACCCGUUGGUGUGCGACUGUGCCCUGCGCGCCAUGCUGGAGUACUGGGAGAGGAGGCAGUACCGUCCCUUACUAGACUUCAGGGAGGAGUAUCCAUGCAGCCUGGGUCAGGAGGAGUGGCUGAAUUGUUCUUCUAGCCCUCAGGGUGGGUUCCAUGGAACUGUAGAAGUGUCUUACCAGGCAGAGCCUGGCGAUUGGCUUAUGGUGCCGUGCCCUGGCGUUUCUCUCCCCCUCCGGGAAGGGUUGAUGGUGUUCUGGGUGACCCCGGGCGAUGGAUCCCCGGCACUGGGCAUAACAAACGGUCAGAGCAGCCGCCUCAGGGUCCUCACCAACGGUACCCUGGAGAUCCGAGGGGCUCUCCGGGAGGAUUCAGGGACUUACUCAUGCGUUGCAGUCCGCGGGCGACACCGGAGCGCCAACGAGACUUUGGAGGUAACCGUCUCCGUAGGUAACCCCAGCGGACUGGGCAAGAGCGGGGAGGAACGUAGCAGCGGCGGGGAGCAUUUUAACACGGCCUUUACCACGCUGGCGUCCUGUGUGGUCAGCAUUGUCCUGGUGCUCCUCUACCUGUACCUCACUCCCUGCCAUUGCCAUGGUGGAAAGGCCGGGGGCGUUGGUGGGUGCGGCGGGCGUGCCAUGCUCCUCUGUGCAGAUCCCAGGGAGGCGGAGCUCGCAGACAGAAGGGUCACCGGUGGAAAGAGGGUGGCCUUCCUCGAAAUGGGGGGCGAGCACCCCCACAAAUGCAGCGCCAAGCACCCAGUAAUGGACGCUGCAGCCACAGAGGGCAUUUUGAAGAAUGGAAGCAGGGCCUUGGAGCAGGUCAUUGAAGAACACGUUGCGUAGCAUUCAGGGUGUGUCCUUCAAGCCCCACCAUGCAAAAUGGACUGUUUGUAACAUGGUUCUCAAAAUGCACAACAGUGAUCAGACUGCUUUUUAAUGUUAUACCUACUGUGUGGAUAGAUAUGGAAACAGUAGUUGGUGUCUUUAUGUCAAAGUUUUAUACAUGUGAACCUGCAGAUAAAGAAAUAGUUCAAAACAAAAUACAUUCUGUGAAACACCUGUGUGAAAUGCUUUAUGUAGGCAUUCAUGGAUCUAUAAUUUAAUGUUAUUAGAGGAUACACAUGGUAUACACUGUCCAUCCAAAUGCUUACUUGCAGGUUCCUAGUCUGUCAUAAGGUGCCAUGCUCUAUUGUGAAUGAUCAUAACAGGGCGAACACUGUAAAUGUAUUCUUAAUGUAUUAUAUGCAGGUUGAAUGGAUGCAUUCAGACAAAGAUGUAGGUCGACCCUGAUCAGUGUCUGGGAACUAGCCAGCUCUAGCCCCAAGCCUCCCAUGACCUAUAUACUAUUGUUGUUCUCGGUUAGUUUUGCAGGUGUGACUGUGAAUAGAGUUUUUCAAGGUGAGGAAGGGACUGAUAUGUUACUGCUGGUAUUAAUAUAUUGAACUAACUUGGAUAUUGACAUUCAUUUAGAAGACCUACAUUUCAUUGUCUUGAUGUUGUAUGUUCAUUUAAGUAUAUAUGCAUGUCAGAUGAGUAGGCUUUUUUAUCCAUCAAUGAUCUCGAAACAGUGCAAGAGACCUGCUAUAUCUUGCAGACACCAUUUUUAGAAAGAAAACACUUAAUUUUAUCUUAGCGUUAGGCUGUAAUGGAAUAAAGCUUUACAAAGUGUGUUCACGUCCUUUGAGGUGAUGGAGUGGACAGGAAUUGAUUGCCGAGAUCCCCCCCUCACUGACAGUUCACAGCACGUACAGGGUCUGUAGUGACGCCUCUAGCACUGAGUUGCAGUGCCUUAGACCGCUGCGCCAUUCGGGAGCCAUCAUUGUAAAUACGAAUUUGUUCUUAACUGACUUGCCUAGUUAAGUAAAGGUUAAAUAAAAAAUUAUUGAAUCAUUGAAAUAGUUGUUGGAAGCCCAUUUGAUGCAAUCUUCCUGGGAAAACACUGAUGUCAUCUAAAUAUAUUAGUGGUGCAUUUCUGAGAAUUACAAGUGAUGUAAUUUCCAUUCACAUAAACUGAAAAUAACUUCAUAGUGCUGUUUCUGCAUAAAGCUUACUUGAGUCUUGGUGGAUCUGGAUCCCAAAUGCAUAAGGAUCCUUAUAACAGAGAAGGUAGUUAUUCCAGAAUACAUUUCAUUUCAAGGCAAUUCAAUGUUUUAUCAUUCAAAAUAUCCAGGGGUGCAACUUUUACUGGGGACUGGAGGGGGGGGGACAUGUUUCCCCCACAUUCUGAAAUUUCAUUUUGUCCCCCCCAAUUUUAUCAUUGGAAUGUGAUACAAAACGAGGCAACGGUGUGCUUUAGGAAGAUGCGGACACCUGCGAGCGGUCGGGUAGGCUGUUUGGAGUGUUUGUCCGACUGGAUAAAAAAAGUAUGCCCCCCCACUUCUAAAACCAAAGUUGCGCCCCUGAAAAUUGCUACCAUUGAAUUUCCAUUCUAUUAAAGUUCUCUAGGGGACACAUUUAACUACUGUAGGUUCCCAUUCCCACCGAUGACAAGGUAACUGGCAUCCAGAUGUGACUUGGCACGUCAAAUUGAAUGGUCACUGUACCAAACCUACAUGUUUAUAGACAAAGCCCAGAGAUCCAUGUUUUUAUGGUUGUUUUUUUUUUUUACGAACUGUGUUGUGAGUAUUACGUGAUCACAGUAUAAUGUUAUACCACAGCUAAAUGUGACUUGUACAGACAUGUAGUAUCAGGAUGGAACCUAGUGAUUUGAAGUAUCUGAAGAAGGAAUCUGAUGGACUAAAAUCUGUGACCGUUUUUAAGGCUGUGUUGUCUCGUGCAGAGAACUCUAACUCAAUUGUGUAAUCAGGCCCUCAUAAAAGUUGUAUGUAUGGGACAUACAUGUUUGACCUGAACCCCUAGCCCCCAUCCCUUCUGUGUUUACAGAUCCGAAGGAGCCGUAUAUAUGUAAGCAAUAAUGGUGAUGGCACCAUCUAGCCUUUUUUUUUCAUUACAUUUUUUUUAAUCCCCUUUUCUCCCCAAUUUUCGUGGUAUCCAAUCGCUAGCAAUUACUAUCUUGUCUCAUCGCUACAACUCCCGUACGGGCUCGGGAGAGACGAAGGUCAAAAGCCAUGCGUCCUCCGAAGCACAACCCAACCAAGCCGCACUGCUUCUUAAUUAACACAGCCCGGAAGCCAGCCGCACCAAUGUGUCGGAGGAAACACCGUGCACCUGGCCCCCUUGGCUGGCGCGCACUGCGCCCGGCCCGCCACAGGAGUCGCUGCAGCGCGAUGAGACAAGGAUAUCCCUACCGGCCAAACCCUCCCUAACCCGGACGACACUAGGCCAAUUGUGCGUCGCCCCACGGACCUCCCGGUCGCGGCCGGUUGCGACAGAGCCUGGGCGCGAACCCAGAGACUCUGGUGGCGCAGCUAGCACUGCGAUGCAGUGCCCUAGACCACUGCGCCACCCGGGAGGCCCUCAUCUAGCCUUUUCAAUGGGCUUUGGGGAGCUUCUGCCAUAUUGUUGACACCUAUGCGGUUUCAUGGGAUCUGCAAACAACGAGGGACUUGGAGCUGCUUUCAGUCUACUCAUUGUACAGUAUUUCAUUUGGUAUAGAAUGUUUGUAAAAUGGAACGUAAAACUACAAUUUCCCAAGACUCAGUCCUCCCCUUUAGUCGUGUCCUGGGUAUUUUGUCACCUCCAGCUAGUAGCUACAGUAUCUGAUCCCUAGUUUUUACAACCAUGACCUGUGCCCUUUCACCAAUGGUCUUGUCCUUGACUUUCCAGGUAGGAAUAUUGUUAGUUGUAUCUGCUGUAUUUCCUGUGUGCUAAGUAUGUUUUGCCAUUGCCAAGCUCAUUCCCAUGCAAGCAAUGCUGCCAGUCUUGCAUUAUAUAGAAAGGUUUUGAAUCAAACUUGUCAUGAAAAUUGUCUAUGUACCUGAAGGAUUUUUGUUUAAUUUAUCUGGGUAACGCUGUUCUCAUUUGUCACAGAAUGUAUGCAAAAGUUGUCAUUCUCCUAACAUACGGUAACCUUUUGCUAUCAAAUGUAUUGCAAUAUUUAGAGGUAUGAAUUAAUUAAAUAUAUUAAAUCAUGGAAUAGAACAACGUUUGAGAGAGAUGCCAGGCUUUCUUGCUCACUAAAUGCAAAGUGUUUGUUUGGUCAUUGACAUUGCCUCGUUAAGUAAACGUCAGCUCAUUUGCCAUCCAUGUGAAAGGGAAAAUGUCAGCAAUAAGCUACGCCACAAACCACCCAUAAAGUAAAUGAAAAGAAAAGUUAUUCCUUUCAGGGUUAUUAUAUGGAAAUGUGGUCCCAUAAAAAGUGAGGCUACAUCCAAUGUAUCUUUUAGCAACGCUUUCAAAAGGCCACUCAGCCAACAAAGGAAAAGAGGAUCUUUAUAAUAA